CAAACCAAACACACACACAGUUCUAAGAAUGUGGUGUGUGUGUGUGCGUGCAUGCAUGCAGCUGUGCCACCGUGUGUAUCGUGGAAGAGGCCGUAGAGCAGACCCUGGCGAACCCUAACCACUGACCCCUGUGGUGGGGGGGGUGAGCUCAGGGCGAUGCGGUGCCCCACCCUGCUGGCCCUGCUGGCGGGGGUCAUGCUGUACCUGGUGAUAGGGGCGCUGGUGUUCCGGACCCUGGAAAGCCCCAAGGAGAGCAAGGAGCACGAGAAGCUGCUCCAUACCACACGCGACUUCCUCCAAAACCACUCCUGUGUCACCGCACAGAACCUCAGCGACCUCAUAAAGGUACAGAACCUCAGCGACCUCAUAAAGGUACAGAACCUCAGCGACCUCAUAAAGGUACACACACACCAUAGCACACACACAUUUUGAGCAGAGAGAUACACACCCACACCAGAGCAAGCAGACAUAAACACACCUAAUAUACAACUUGGCAGGAAUAACUUCAGACAGUGAAAGCAUUCACAGACAGACGAGUUAAAACAUAUCUGAGAAGAACCUCAUCUAAACAGACUAAGUCCAGUGUAGGCUCCUCCCCCCCCCAGAAGGUGUAGCCCAGGGAUAGGCAACUACAUUCAGCCGUGGGAUGAUUUUUAUCAGAGCGGAUGGUCGGGGGGCCGGAACAUAAUUAUAAUAAUUUGUAAAUUAAUCACAACUAAGCCCCAAAAGGGCUUUGAAAUGAAAAUUACAUUGAGACAUGAUCACGUCUCUUUUUUUAUUCUUGGGAAAUACUUGGAAAAAGAUUUCCUCAAUUAAACUCAUUUUUAGCUAAAUUCCUGGUGAUCUUAGUCUUUUUUUGACUAAAAUCCUAAAAAGAACACAGACCCAAGAUGUAGACCCAGCCUAAGACAGGUAAUGUGCAGGUGUAGACCCAGCCAGCCAGUCUGUUCUGUCUCUGUCCUGUCAGAGUGUGGUGAAGGCGGUGGAGGCGGGCCUGGACGUAAAACACAGCUCCACCAACUUCACUAGCAGGUGGGACCUGGCCAGCGCCUUCUUCUUCUGUGGUACCAUCAUCACCACCAUCGGUGAGCCUUUGUUCGUUUUUCCCCCUCCUGCAAACCCUUUGGUAAUAACUUAGUCAGCCAGAUGUGUAUUUUGAAUUUGACAGAAAAUGAAUUAUCCAAUCUCAGAAAAUACAAUGAACCUCAAUAGACAUGCUGGUGAACUGAAUAAUUUUUAAAUGAUAUAGAUUAACAUAUAGGUGAAUGUAAAUGGUCUCCCUCUGUCCUCAGGGUUUGGUAACCUGUCUCCCAGGACCAAAUGGGGUCAGCUGUUCUGCGUCUGUUACGCCCUGGUUGGGAUCCCUAUGUUUGGUUUCCUGCUGGCUGGUGUCGGGGACCACAUGGGGACGGGGCUGAGGAAAGCUGUGUGGAAGAUGGAGACACUCUUCCUGGUGAGACUACGCCGUCUUGUCUCAGGGGCUGCUUCAUUUACGGGAUGUCAUCUCAUUGUACUCGCCUGUCUCAGACGGCUGCUUAAGUCAUGUCACUGUGCUGUAAACAGAAGAAGCCGUCUUGGAGUCUAUAGCACUUGAAACACGUUACACACAAGUAGAACAGAAGCCGGCUUAAACAUUGUCAGUCAUUAGAUACUUCCCAAUGUAGCUUUGCAGUUCUCGUGUGUGUGUAUGUGUGUGUGUGUGUGUGUGUGUGUGUAUAUAUAUAUAUAUAUAUAUAUAUAUAUAUAUAUAUAUAUAUAUAUAUAUACACAUACACACACACACAGUGGGGAGAACAAGUAUUUGAUACACUGCUGAUUUUGCAGGUUUUCCUACUUACAAAGCAUGUAGAGGUCUGUCAUUUUUAUCAUAGGUACACUUCAACUGUGAGAGACGGAAUCUAAAACAAAAAUCCAGAAAAUCACAUUGUAUGAUUUUUAAGUAAUUAAUUUGCAUUUUAUUGCAUGACAUACGUAUUUGAUACAUACUGCAGCAGGGAUUUUGGCCCACUCCUCCAUAUAGACCUUCUCCAGAUCCUUCAGGUUUCGGGGCUGUCGCUGGGCAAUACGGACUUUCAGCUUCCUCCAAAGAACUGUCAAUCUCCCUCGGCCUGGGGCUCCAUGCAAGAUCUCACCUCGUGGAGUUGCAAUGAUCAUGAGAAUGGUGAGGAAUCAGCCCAGAACUACACGGGAGGAUCUUGACAAUGAUCUCAAGGCAGCUGGGACCAUAGUCACCAAGAAAACAAUUGGUAACACACUACGCCGUGAAGGACUGAAAUCCUGCAGCGACCGCAAGGUCCCCCUUCUCAAGAAAGCACAUAUACAGGCCCAUCUGAUGUUUGCCAAUGAACAUCUGAAUGAUUCAGAGGAGAACUGGGAGAAAGUGUUGUGGUCAGAUGAGACCAAAAUCGAGCUCUUUGGCAUCAACUUAACUCGCCGUGUUUGGAGGACCCCAAGAACACCAUCCCCACCGUCAAACAUGGAGGUGGAAACAUUAUGCUUUGGGGGUGUUUUUCUGCUAAGGGGACAGGACAACUUCACCGCAUCAAAGGGACGGAGGACGGAGCCAUGUACCGUCAAAUCUUGGGUGCGAACCUCCUUCCCUCAGCCAGGGCAUUGAAAAUGGAUCGUGGAUGAAGAUUCCAGCAUGACAAUGACCCAAAACACACGGCCAAGGCAACAAAGGAGUGGCUCAAGAAGAAGCAAAUUAAGGUCCUGGAGUGGCCUAGCCAGUCUCCAGACCUUAAUCCAUAGAAAAUCUGUGGAGGGAGCUGAAGGUUCGAGUUGCCAAGCGUCAGGCUCGAAACCUUAAUGACUUGGAGAAGAUCUGCAAAGAGGAGUGGGACAAAAUCCCUCCUGAGAUGUGUGCAAACCUUGUGGCCAACUACAAGAAACGUCUGAACUCUGUGAUUGCCAACAAGGGUUUUGCCAACAAGUACUAAGUCAUGUUUUGCAGAGGGGUCAAAUACUUAUUUCCCUCAUUAAAAUGCAAAUAAAUUUAUAACAUCUUUGACAUGCAUUUUUCUGUAAUUUGUUGUUGUUAUUCUGUGUCUCACUGUUCAAAUAAACCUACCAUUAAUAUUAUAGACUGAUCAUGUCUUUGUCAGUGGGCAAACGUACAAAAUCAACAGGGGAUCAAAUACUUUUUUCCCUGACUGUAUAUAUAUAUAUUGUUUCUGUUUAUCAAAGAAAAGGCACAUUUGAGCAUCUUGAGGAAGAUCUUACCCACUCCAUCCUUCUUCCCUCAUCGCUCUUUCCCUUCUUCUUUUGUGUCCCCCCCUCUCUCUCUGUCCUCUCUCUCUCAGAAGCAGCGGGUCAGUCCCACUUAUGUGCGGGUCAUGUCUGCCGUUCUGUCUAUCCUGAUUGGCUGUCUGAUCUUCCUCGCCGUGCCAACGCUGGUGUUUAAGGAAGUGGAGGACUGGUCCUUUCUGGAGGCGCUCUACUUCGUGGUCAUCACCCUCACCACGGUCGGCUUCGGAGACUAUGUAGCAGGUAUGAAGUGAACACUCGGUACAUGAAAGGACAGUACAGACUGGGGAGUACACACUCUACACAUUCCUUUCAGGAUACACACUAUGAAAGAUACACUUGAUAUUUCAUAGGGAUAUGGACCUGUCUAAAGCCCCUUUGUUCGUGUGUACGUGCAUGCACGUACGCCUGCGAAUCCAUGCGGUUCCAAUGCGCCAAUGUCCUUGUGCAUAGGUUCUAACCGGAAGGACGGAGAUCUGUUUAAACCCCUGGUGUGGCUCUGGAUAGUGUUUGGCCUGGCUUACUUUGCAUCCAUACUCACCAUGAUCGGGAACUGGCUGCGGGUGCUGUCCAAGAAAACACGUGCUGAGGUGAGUGGCAGUGAGUGGGACACAAACCAAAUUAUUGGAAGGGCUGGUGAAAGGGAAACAGUUGAUAUGACAAGAUCUAGACAAGGAUUUACUGAAAGGGAAUUUGGAUUUGUACUGUCAAUAUUUCCUUAUCCUCAGUCUCUGUCUUUCUCUGAGUUUCUUUCACAUUGUCACACCUCUCUCUUUCCCUAUCCCUCCCCUCUCUCUCUCUCUCUCUCUCAGAUGGAGGAGUUGAGGGCCCAUGCUACAGACUGGACCCAGAACAUCCAGAACAUGUCCAUGGACUUCCGGAUACCCAACCCUCUGGACCUCAAUGACCCCUUCCUGCUGCAGCGGCGCCGCUGGAAACGCAGCACCCGGCGACGGGUCCGCAGGGGGGCGCUGGGGCACCGCGGCAGGCAGGGUGUCAUAGGGGAGAACGGACAUCUGCCCAAUAGGUGGGUCACCCACACCAGCUCCAUGACCCGUCUGGAGGUCAUGAGGUUAGGGGGGGGUGAGGUUAGGACUGAGGGGGCGAGGUUAGGACCAGGGGUGGGGCUAGGGGUAGGGUUGAGGCCAGAUUGCAGGGUCAGUGCGAGGUCAGAGGGCAGGUCGUUGGGCCGGGCGGUUGCUAGGUCGCUGUCGAUGCCUGCGGCGCGCUCCAUGAUGGAGUUAAACUAUGACCCUGAUCCUAUUGCGACAAUGAUGAUGCCAUGGGAGUCGGGGUCUGUGUCCGAGUCUCCAGAGUCUGACUCCAGAUCAGUUGUCUCCUCCUCUGACUCUCACACCUCUGAAGUGUGUACAGCAGGGCAGGGGAUACCUUUUGCCAGUUUUGACCCCAGUGGGGGUCUCUGUACUAAACAGAGGGGACGCCAAGGAGGAUCCAGGCUGGUAUAUUUCACGGAGGAUGUCCGGUUCCCUGUGCCUCUCCAGCAGCUCCCCAAGUCCCCCAACUCCACCAAGCCCAUCCCCAUGUCGCCCAUAUCUUCCGUGACCCCUUUGCCCCCCCCGCCAGGCUGCAAGAUGCUAGAUUUCUUUGGGGAGAACUUGGCCUACAUCGACGAGUCGUCGGACGCGCUGAGUGACCGGAACCAGCCGGUUGAGGGGGGUGUCAGCCCUCUACCUCGUAUACACCGCAUGAGGAGGCAGCUGCCCCACCGGAGCCCCCUGAGGGAGAGGCGGGACAGCGACUUGCAGCCCCCCUCCAACCCCCCCACCCCUCCUCCUCUCUCCCAUCUCAGAGACUGA